CAAGAGGUUGAAGUUCAGACAAAGAAGGAAGAAACUUUGCAACCAUCACUUAGUCAAAACAUUCCAACUUUCUAUUUUCCUCGAGGAUGUCCUAAGGAAAAAGUGAAUAUAGAUGCUGUGAUUGCCAAAAUUGAGAGAACUUUCUCUGAGUUUCCAAAUGAGAGGGCAACAUUAGAAGACAUGGGGAAGGUUGCAAAGGCUUGUGAAUGCCCACUUUACUGGAAAGGUCCUUUGUUUUAUUGUGCUGGAGGUGAACGAACAGGAUAUGUGUCAGUUCAUAAAUUUGUUGCAAUGUGGAGGAAAAUACUUCAGACCUGCUAUGAUGAUGCUGCAAAGUUUGUUCAUCUUCUAAUGAACCCUGGAUGCAACUACUUGGUGCAAGAAGACUUCAUUCCUUUUUUACAAGAUGUGGUGAAUAGUCAUCCUGGUCUAUCAUUUUUAAAAGAAGCAUCUGAAUUUCAUUCUCGGUACAUUACCACAGUUAUACAGAGAAUAUUUUAUACAGUAAAUAGGUCCUGGUCUGGGAAAAUAACUUGUAACGAGCUCAGGAAGAGCAACUUUUUGCAGAAUGUGGCAUUAUUGGAAGAGGAAGCUGAUAUUAACCAGCUGACAGAGUACUUCUCAUAUGAACAUUUUUAUGUUAUCUAUUGCAAAUUUUGGGAGCUGGAUACAGACCAUGACCUCUAUAUUGAUCGGAAGGAUUUAGCUCGACAUAAUGAUCAUGCAAUUUCAAAUAGGAUGAUAGAGCGGAUCUUCUCAGGAGCAGUUACAAGAGGUAGAAAAGCACAAAAAGAUGGAAAAAUUAGCUAUGCUGAUUUUGUCUGGUUUUUGAUAUCUGAAGAGGACAAGAAGACACCAACUAGCAUUGAAUACUGGUUUCGCUGCAUGGAUCUCGAUGGGGAUGGUGCUUUGUCUAUGUAUGAAUUGGAGUAUUUUUAUGAAGAACAGUGCCAAAAAUUAGAUAACAUGGCCAUAGAACCUUUGCCUUUUGAAGACUGUUUGUGCCAGAUGCUGGAUCUUGUGAAGCCACAAUAUGAAGGAAAAAUUACUCUGCAUGAUUUAAAGCGAUGUAAGCUGACAAAUGUGUUUUUUGAUACUUUUUUCAACAUUGAAAAAUACCUUGACCAUGAACAGAAGGAUCAGUUUUCUAUGUUGCGGGAUGGCGAAGGUGACAGCCAAGAGGUCUCUGACUGGGAGAAGUAUGCUGCUGAAGAGUAUGAUAUCUUGGUAGCAGAAGAGGCAGCAAGUGACCAGUGGAAUGACGGGUAUGAAGCAGAACUGAAUCCUGUAGACCAUCAGAAGGCCAAUGUCCUAAAGUAUCAAAUGGAGAGAAGACCAUUUUUUGAAAUGCCUUCCCAUCUGGCUGAUGUAGACUUGGAUGAAUAUGACUAUGAAGAGGACUUUGAGUAGUGGUUACUUCUGGUCAGUGCUUGCAGAAGAGAAUGGACAGUCUGCAGCAGGUCUGCUACACACCUGUAUGUCUCAGUGGGGUUUGUUUCCAGGAAGUCAGUUUAGUUUUGUGCUAAAAAAUAUUUAAUCACUACGCUAUCUUUUAAAUAAAAGAAGCGCAUUUGUAUGGAAUGAUGAAACUUUUUGUAUUUAUUCAAUAGUCUAUAGUUUGUAAAAUAGAUUAAAAUAUUUAUUUACAGAUGUUGCAUAAUUCCUUUUUGGAAGAAUAACAAUAUUUGACUUUAGAGAAAAGUAAUUUACUGUUUUUAUGAGAACUGUAUAAUUCUCUCUAAGUUGAUGUGUGGUGCACUGACCAUCUCCAUCCCGUACGUGAUGAGGUGUCCUGUCCUGGUAUGGGAGGUAAGGAGACAAUUUAUAGCUGGCCUGCAAAGCUUAUGUGCUCAAA